ACCAUCGCAUGGGGCCUCACAGAUAGCGACAGCUGCCGUCAACUUCGCACAAUAGACGUGGGACCCAACCGACUGGAGUUGGGCUUGAAGGAGCUGUCCCCCAUUCUGAACGCCAAUCAAAACUUGAUAACAAGCGUGCGCGCUUUCGCCGUUACCGCAGGCCAAGAUGACGGAGCCCUGAAGUUGUUUUUCAGCGCAAUCGGGCGUUGCGUCGGGAUUCUGCAACUGCAACUCAGCGAUAACAUUCUACGACGUUCUGGAUGCAAUGCUGUAAAGAAACGAAAGCCAAAGACUUCCGGCGCCAGCGAACUCGAAUGCGAGAAGGGAUAGCACCUCUGGAGUCCAAUCUCCCUUCGGCUAAAGGAACCGAUUCCGCACUCUUCGAUCAAUACUUGCAUAUACAGCAUCUCAACGCCGCACAGUUCAAAGAGGUCUACCGCGAGAAGACGUGGAGGCGACUCCGCCUGCGAGCUUACUCCCUGCCAAAAAGUUCCGCGGCCGAUGUCAUCAAUCAAAUGAAAGCGUUGUUUGGAAUGGGUGUUGUCGUGGUUCUGGGCAACUGGAACGAGGCCGGGCGGACAAUGAAGUUCCAAAUCUCACCCAAGACGACGGGUUUCCGCAAGAUAUUUAAGCGCACGAAGAUAAAGGGCAUCUUACCAGACGAGUUCCGCACAUCAUCACUUUGCUUUAUGUAGGAUGUUUAAGAUGCGGGGCCCACGACUGAAGCAAACUGUCCCACCACCACCUCUAUUACCUUAUGU